CCAUUCUGUGACGUAAACCCAAGAGUGACUCCUUCAUUACCCCGAUACUUCAGCUCAAGCACUUGCAUCGUCGCUGAGGAACCUAUAUUUAUCUUAUCCGCUGUUACCUAGUUGUGUCAGCGCAUCAACGCAUCAUAAGGACAUGCUUUAUCCGUCCUGUAUAUUCUCGAAGGCACUACUAGACGCGCAGAAACAUGUUUUAAGGUCGUUUUUAGCCCCCACAGGCAUCGCGCCACACCAAACGGGAAGCUAAGUCGCCCGGCAGAGUAUAAAUGCCUCAUGGUGUAUGCUUCUCGAGCACUCACUUCACAACCCACUUUCCUUUCCAUUAAUAUUUCCCUUCUCUUUCUCGCGACUAAUGUAUAUUCUUCUCUUGAGCCUUAUUCUGUCAUUCCACUCGGUUAGGUCACUUGAAGUGUUUGGAUCUUCUGGCGAUCUUCAUGUCGUUAACAAGAAUCUCGCGCCCGAUGGCGUCACCCGUUCGACUGUACUUGCAGGUGGGACAUUCCCGGGUCCCCUGAUCAGCGGGAACAAGGGAGAUCAAUUUCAUAUCAAUGUAAUCAACGAUUUGACCGAUACAAGUAUGGCUAUCGACACCAGCAUUCACUGGCACGGUAUAUUUCAGCAUGGAACAAACUACGAGGACGGCACUAGUUCUGUGACGCAGUGCCCCAUCACACCAGGGCAUUCAUUCCAAUACGAUUUCAGCGUCCCGGAACAAGCCGGAACGUUUUGGUAUCACUCACAUAUCGGAGUUCAAUACUGUGAAGGGCUCAGGGGCCCGCUGGUGGUGUAUGACGGUCCAAAUGGCGCAAACGAUCCUUACCGGGCUUUAUACGAUGUAGACGAUGAAACAACUAUAAUUACUCUGGCGGACUGGUACCAUCCUACCGCUAUGCAGGUAGCCGAAACUCUGCUCCCUCCCUUCGCGAAUUCUACCUUGAUCAAUGGAAUGGGCCGAUUCUUUGAGGACCCCACAGCCCCACUCGCUGUGAUCACUGUCUCUCCUAACAAGCGCUAUCGAUUCCGACUCAUUUCCAUCUCUUGUGACCCCAACUUUACCUUUUCAAUCGACGGACAUAACCUUACUAUCAUCGAGGUUGACGGCAUCAAUACACAGCCGCUGACGGUAAACUCAAUUCAAAUAUUGGCCGCCCAAAGGUAUUCAGUCAUCUUGGAGGCAAGUCAGCCAAUAGACAACUAUUGGAUUCGCGCCGAGCCGGACGCUGCUGGUCCCCAAGGAUUCGAGGGCGGUAUUAAUUCGGCGAUUCUUCGUUAUGAAGGCGCUCCAGACGCGGAGCCCACAACCUCCAUCCAGACAAACAUUGUCCCACUUCUCGAAGUCGAUCUGCAUCCACUAGAAUCUCCUGGCGCACCGGGAAGACCUGUUCCAAACGGCGCAGAUCUUGUGCUUAAUUUCACUCUCGGAUUUGAUGGUGGGCUCUUCUUCAUGAACGGCGUGCGAUUCGUUCCUCCCACUGUUCCUGUGCUGCUCCAAAUCCUUAGUGGCGCUCAGCGCGCACAGGAUCUGCUUCCGCAGGGAAGUGUUUUCGGUUUACCCCUGGGAAAGGUCAUCGAAAUCAAUCUCUUUGGGCACCACGCACUGGGGGAUCCCCACCCCUUCCACCUUCAUGGACAUGCGUUCGAUGUGGUGAAGAGCGCCGAUAGUGAUGUAUACAAUUUCGUUGAUCCGGUUCGUCGAGAUACAACCGGAGUAAUCCAGCAGAGAACCACGACAAUUCGAUUCGUGACAGACAAUACCGGACCUUGGUUCUUGCACUGUCAUAUCGACUUUCACCUUAACGCUGGCUUAGCCGUCGUCCUAGCUGAGGGAAUCAAGAAUGUUAGCAGUGCUAUCCAUCCUGUACCAGCCUGGAACGAUUUGUGUCCCCUCUACAAUGCAAGUGGCGUCCACCCCCCACCAUUUAAAUCCCAGCCUACUUACUUACCUAACUACCGGUAAUCCGGUUUUAAUUCUAUCCCUCAUUUUUGAGGGGAAAAAAUCUUACUCCCUUUUAACUGGCCAACUUAUAUUCGAUAUUUUCAUGUU